UUACUUUGCACAACGGAAAGCCCGCGCCAACGUCGCUUCCUCUUCCUGCUUUGCAGGCGCUGCAAGGGAAGCUCGGGAGGGGAGGGCGAGACGCCAAGGGGCCGUCCGUGCCUGCCCCUCCCGUCCUCCGGCCAGCCCACCUAGCUCGGGUCGCGUUGGGAAGUCGCUGGGAGGAGGAGUCCAGCUGGCGGAGCGGGAAUGAGGCCUCGCUCCUGUCCAGAGAAAGGGGCAGGUCGCUUUGACACGGGUCUUCGGCAGCUGCCCCUAUGAAUCGGGAGCGGAGGUCUCUGCGGGACUCAAAGCCCACGGGUUUAGACAAUGAAGAUAGCCAGACAAACAGGCCCUGCUACUUGGAACCUUGGAUCGUGAAUCUUCUCCUGGAGUACAAGGAUUCUGAAUCCAGAGAAGAGGGUCAACUUGGGCAUGUCCUGAGGGUUCUAAAUGAAACAAAGGCUCUAGAUCAUGAUGAGCAGCUUCCAGCAGCUAUUCUGUGCGUCGCAGAUGGGCAUCAUUAUAUCCAAGUGGAUGUUACAGCCAAAGCUGUUCAGAUGACAAAAUGUGCUCUACUCCAGUCUGGAUUUUCCAGUAUUGUUGGCCAGUUCAUCGUCCUGCAGAAUUUUAGGGUUUGUUUUAAAGAAGAAGCUAAAGUGGAGGAUUGUCGAUUUUACCUUGUACUUGAUUGUUUCCGAGUGAUGCCCAUGAAGCGGAGGGAACGGAGGCAGCAAGACUGCAACCGGGAGCCCUCAGUACUGGAGAAGAUAAAGGAACUGUGGCAGAAAAGCCUUGCUCUCCAGCCCUGGUCCAGCUCAGAGCCAUCAUCUGUUUCUGAAGUACUGCAGGAGAUAAAGCAGGAUCGACUCAGUACUUUAAAAGAAAAUGCCAAGGAUUGUCUCAGUUUAUUGAACCCCAGCAAGCUGUUGGAUUCUGAGCAGUUGGCUGUAUAUCCUGACACCAAAUGGCAGGUGGAACGCAAGCAAGAUAAGGUUCACAAGAAUGUCUUUGCCAUCCCAGCCAAGCUGUUAACGAUCAGUGCAGAAAAUGAAGCAUUACUUCACAAGUCCUACCUACCAAAGCCCUCUCAAGCUAUUCUUGAGAGUACUCAAGAUGAUGAGCAAAGUACUGUAUCUUUUUUCAGUGCUGAAUCUGAAAGCCCAGAUGGUUCCUUAGAAAACCCUUGGGAUGAAAUUCCAGUAAUGACUCUGUCCACCUCCAGUGUUGUUUCCAUUUUUGCUUUGGCAGAUACAUCUGGUAUAUCACACAGCCUCCCCUGCGCACAGCAGGUGCUCAUGGCUAAUACUGCCGGGGAAGAAGAGACUCCAUGCUCCAACAGCUGCACCCCAGAUUUGUUGGAACCUCGUGUUCAUAUGUCCCACUGUAGCUCUGGCCAGGAUGUGCCAAAAGAGACUGUGUCCCCAUCACUACUUCCUUUUCACAGCAGUACAUCUCCCAAGGAAUCUGCCAGUCAAAAAUCCAGCUCUGUUGCAUUGAUCACUGCACGUAGUGUCAGCAAAACUGCAAAUACUGAUGAAACCAUUCCCUGUGGCCCAUCACUGAGGAAUUCACAUUCUCACACUAAUAUGUGCCUUCGCUCUUCUGUCCACUCUCCAAUUCAGAGAAAUAUGUCUCUUGGGUCCUUGUCUGAAAAUAAAGAGGAAGAUCAUAUGGCCCAUUUGCAGAGGGAUCAGACUUCGGUGAGAAGAUCUGGGGAGAAAUUCCUGGACAUAAGCAGGACAUGUGUGGCAGCUAAAAGGAAACAAAUGACUCUAGAUGAGGAGCCUACUGAGACUUUCUCUGGUACCACAUGUACCAGUCUGAAAGCCCUAAGGCAGCAUACUACCACGGCCUUUCCAGAAUCCAGUAAUAUGGAAUUGGUAGCUAUGAACAUGUCCAAAAAGAGCCGGAUAAAGGAGAUGCAAGUUCAACAGCAUCAGGUAUCAGCCCAAUUUAGAUGCACAGAGGGAGUCCUGGGAAAGGGAAGGGAGCCAGGAGCCUCAAAAGUCAUCACUAGGCCAGAAGAACAGCUUGGAGUUCAACAGCAGGAGUAUGUGAGAGGAGCCCCUUUUCAUUUUACGUACAUGCCACCAACAUCUGAACUCUGCUCCCAAGUGCACUCUACAAGGAUCUCAAGAGCAUUGCUGGCAUGGGCAUGCUGGGUUUUCAACAGCACACAUAAAUGAUAGUCUUUGCUGAAGUUCCUUGUUCCUUUCAGCUGUCGCACCCUGGGCCAACAUCUUCAAGAAGUUAUCCACUACGACUCCAGUUUGGAUGCCAUAAGAGUGAGGUUGGGAUUUUAAUGCUUUCCACCAGUUUUCCUGGAACAGAUAGUAAGCUGACCGGGCUGUAAUUUCCUUGAUUCUACUUGGAUCCUUUCUUUAAAAUUGGAGUUAACUUUCCAGUGUUUAGAUAUAGAGGCUGAUCUUAGGGAUAAAUUAAAUAUUUUGGUAUAAAACAAGCAAAUUAAGAACUUGAGUGGAUGACAUGUGGACCUGUUAUUUUUUUCCAUCUUUAAUUUCUGAGUAAGGGCUGGAAUUUUAUCUCUUCUCACCACUAUUUGCCUCAGACUCCUUCCUGACAAGGUUCACGCACAUGGAUCUGGCCAUUACCUUUAACAGUGAAGACAGAUGCACAACAUUCAUUCAGCUUCUCUGGAAUCUCCUUUUUCUCCUGUAGUACACCUUUGAUUCCCUUGCCAUCAAUAGGUCAAAUUGCCUCCCUAGCAGGUUUCCUGCUCCAGUGUAUUUCUUAUUAUUGCUAGUCUUAAGUUUUAAGCAAUAUGCUCUGCUUUUUUAAUUCCUUCUUGCCUGCUUGUAUUCUUUCGUUGUUUUAAUGAGGAUAAAACUUUUCUGAAAGAAGCCUUAUUUCCUCCAAUAGCUCAGUAGGUUAACUAUGUAGGCACAUUCCUGCCCUUGGUGGUACUUUUCCUUAUAAGCAUUAUACAUUGGAGCUGAGCUUGCUAACUCUAAUUAUUUAUUUAUUUAUAAUAAAUAAAUAACCAAUAAAAAGUAAAGAAACAUAUGGAACCUACUCCAUUUAAGUUUUGUAUUCAUAUUUCCUGUUCAGUUUCUUUAAAAAAAUGAAAUGAGAAUAAAGAAUAUUGAUUGCCUAAGUGUCAAUGGGAUAUUAACAAGCUGAAAUGUGUGCAGAGGGCUACCAAUAUGAUAAAGGAAACCAAGCCUUAUGAGGAACAGUUGAGGGAAUUGGGUAUUUUUAGCCAGGUAAAGAGGAGAGGAGAUAGGAAUAUUUACUGUGAAUAAUACCUUCUUGUGUCAACGUCAGUUUUGAAUUGAAUUAUAGCAUGGGUCUGUAAUUAUUUUGAACAUUUCCCCAUUUCAUUUAAUUACAAAAUGUUUUUUAUAGCUUACAUGCUUGAUAAAAUGAAAACAAAUUUAGAAAAAAACAGCUCUCAUAGAAAAUAUGUGCGUGCUUUUUUUCCAAAACUGAGCACAAUAAUUCAAAUACUGUUUGAAAGUUUAAAUAAAACAAAUCUUUACCUUAAAUGUAAAGAAAACCA